AUGACAGACAACAGCGGAACAUACGGCAUCAAGGGCCUCCCAAGACCCAAGGAUGCUGUCACUCGUCACCCUGACGGUGGUAUUCCCUAUAUUGAGAAUUUACCAGUACGCUAUGAGAUCUCAGUCCUGGCCAGUUCCACAGACCCAUUGCUCCGAAAGCAAUGGACUCUUUUCGUUCUUGCUCUUGAAAAGUUCAAGAUGAAGCCUGUGAGCGAAAAGCUCUCCUACUUUCAAGUCGCAGGUAUUCAUGGAUAUCCUGAAGGCGCUUGGGAUAAUGCCCCACCACCAAAACAAGAUCUCAAGAACCCCAAGAAGGGAGAUCAGCCAUACGGUGGUUACUGUAACCAUAACGGUCUGAACUUUCCCACUUGGCAUCGCCCGUACAUGGCGCUAUUCGAGCAAUGUGUCUGGGACAACAUGGAUGAUGUCAUCAAUCACUGGGUCGAAGAACACAAACUUGACCAAGAUAAGGCAGAACUCGCUCUGUGGAAUGAAGCCAAAGACACCUGGCGCAUGCAAUACUGGGAUUGGGCCCGACAGCAGAGCUACAAUGAAGACUUUGCAUACCCCCAGGUCUUGGUCCAAGGUCCGGAUGAAGAUGGCAAUCCUCGUGCUUUUGGAGAUAUGCUCAAGGGUAAGAGGGACUACAAUAUCGAAGAUGAUCCUGUCAAGCACAACCCUGCGCCUCCACGGGACAAAGAGGAUGUGGCAUGGAUACGGCAAAAAGCACAGGCGAAGACCAAUAAGGACUUCUAUCUAAAAUGGAAUCCUGGUACUCUUGCUGACUCAGUCAACCGCAUGUUCUCACCCAAGUACAACACCACAUGGGGACAGUUUGCCUCGACUAAAUGGACCUACGAGGGUUAUGGCAAUUCUAUGAAUGGAUUUUUGUCUCUUGAGUACAUCCACAACAAUGUUCAUAACAUUGUUGGUGGCUCCGACUUUGCCACUGGUGUUGGUCAUAUGAGCGAUGUUCCAGUCGCUGCAUUUGACCCGAUUUUUUGGCUCCAUCAUACUCAAAUUGAUCGCCUCCUGUCUAUCUGGCAGUGCCUCUACCCCAAACUCUGGUGGGAUCAAAAGGAACCAACCAGACCGGGCGAAGUGAAUGUUCCCGAUGAUACAGAGGAUGACUAUCUUUACCCAUUCCACGACAAGGACAACGGCGGCCCAGUCACCGACGUCUGGAUUGCAAGAAAGUGCCGUGACUGGACUGUCUUCAACUACCAGUAUGAUGAUCUCAUGGACUUGUCUCAAAAGGCCCUCAAUGCCAAGGGAAACCUCGACGAGCCCAGGUUCCAAAAGCUUCUUCAGGCGUACAUUCACAAUACUUAUCCUUGCACCGAACAUCUGCUUCGGGAUAUCAAGGAUAAUCGACAUGUCCACAUCCCCGCUGGGCUCACCCCAGAUGUUCCCAACAUUGAUGACAAUUCCUGGAAGGAUUACAUCAUUAACGUAAGGUAUGAUCGCUACGCCUUGGGUGGACAAUCAUACACGAUCAACUUCUAUCUUGGUGGUCCAACCGACGAGGCUGUCACUCAUUUCGAGCCACAGAACUUUGUCGGCAGUGUCUAUACCUUUGGUGGUGGCUCUCGCAAGACUCUAGAUUCAUGUGCCAACUGCAAGACUCAAGCUGACGCGGGUGUUCUCUCGUGCGCUCAAGUCCCUCUGACGAUCCAACUUCUUCAUCACACCAUUGACUGUACUCAGGUCACUGUGUUGCGAGGAGUGGGACAGCCUAACCAUGUGGUUGCCCCCAAGGUCAGGACUUCUGAGUUGCAGACAUUCAGCGUCGCAGCUGCUGAUAUCUCAGUGUCUGAGUCACCUGCUGUUUCCACGAAUGGGACGAAUGGAACAAACGGUUCGGCCGGAGGGGCGCCAGUCACUCUUCCUCCUGUUUACAAUGCUCAGCCCUAUGAAGCUUUGCCGGAGAUUACUAACAACAAGUACUUUGGUUUGCAGCAUGACGGAACAUACAUGGGUGGUCGUUGA